GUGUUGCGUGUCGAUGAUGGUGACUCGCAAAUCGUCUUGAGUGAUUUUGGUUGGUUCUAACCCGAAAAACUGUAAAAUUGAAAGAACCGUUUUUCUAUUUCCUGUAUUCGUUGAAAGAACAUCUAAGUAAAAUGCCGGAAAGUACCAAGACAGAAACAAAACCGGUAAAAGAGACAAAGAAUGGGAAGGAAGACGAUAAAAAUGAACUGUCUGAAGAAGAUAAGCUUCUGCAGGAAGAAUUAACUUUGCUGGUAGAACGUUUGCAAGAUGCCAAUACUAAACUGCAUUAUCCUGCUUUGGAAUCCUUGCGUUCACACAUUCGUGCAUCAACAACGUCAAUGACCAGUGUCCCAAAACCACUAAAAUUUAUGCGACCGCAUUAUGACACCAUGAAAAAUAUCUACGAGAAAAUAUCCAACGUGAAAUCAAAGGAAUUAUGUUCCGACAUUAUCUCAGUUCUAGCCAUGACUAUGGGCGAAGGUCGAGAAUGUUUAAAGUACAGACUAACAGGCUCGGCACUAGCUAUAGGUGAAUGGGGACACGAGUACGUUAGACAUUUAUCGGGAGAACUAGCGGUGGAAUGGGACGAAGUGACGACGGAUAAUAUGGAGGCAAUGAACAAAAAGCUGAUUGCUCUGGUGCAUGAGAUCGUGCCGUACAAUAUGGCGCACAAUGCAGAGACGGAAGCAUGCGAUCUGCUAAUGGAGAUCGAGAGGCUUGACCUGCUGGAACAAUAUGUCGACGAGAGUGCAUAUCAACGAGUAUGUCUCUAUCUUACAAGUUGUGUGCCUUACGUAGCUGAUCCGGAGAACAGCACUCUUCUGCACGUUGCCUGCAAGUUGUACCGUAAAUUCGGGCAGUAUCCGCAAGCGAUCAGACUGGCGAUGCAACUCAACGAUUUACCUCUUGUUGAGUCCAUUUUCACAAACUGUAGGGACCUUUCCGUGCAGAAACAGUUGGCCUUUAUGCUGGGCCGUCAGCAGAUCUUCUUGGAAUUACACGAAGCUACGAUAGAGGAUGACGAUCUUUUCGAGAUAAUGUCUAAUUCUCACUUGAACAAUCAUUUUCUCAACUUGGCACGUGAAUUAGACAUAAUGGAGCCGAAGACGCCCGAAGACGUGUACAAAUCUCACCUAGAGAAUUCUCGUCCGCCGUUCGGCGGUGGUCAAGUCGACUCGGCGCGACAGAAUCUCGCGGCUAGUUUUGUAAACGGCUUCGUAAAUGCCGCAUUCGGCCAGGACAAGCUGGUAAUAGAAGACGGUAACAAGUGGCUGUAUAAAAACAAAGAACAUGGUAUGUUGAGCGCCACCGCAUCACUUGGCUUGAUUCUAUUAUGGGAUGUCGAUGGUGGUCUGACGCCGAUAGACAAAUAUCUGUAUUCCACGGAAGAUUACAUCAAGUCAGGUGCUUUGUUAGCCUGCGGGAUUGUCAAUUGCGGUGUGAGAAACGAAUGCGAUCCCGCGUUAGCCCUGCUCUCCGAUUAUGUGUUGCACAGCAGCAACACAAUGCGCAUUGGCGCGAUCGUCGGUCUCGGUAUCGCGUAUGCCGGCUCCAAUCGAGAAGCCGUCCUAGGUCUGCUGACACCGGUUCUUGCUGACGCUAAGUCGAGCUGGGAGGUAAUAGGUAUGACUGGUCUGGCGUUAGGAAUGGUCGCUGCCGGCUCAUGCAACGCUUAUGUUACCACAGCAAUCAUGCACACGUUGAUGGAUAAAUCAGAGAACGAUCUCAAGGAUACGUAUGCGCGCUUUUUGGCAUUAGGUCUGGGCCUGUGCUUCUUAGGGAAGCAAGAAGCGGCGGAAGCGAUCAUAGCAGCCUUGGAGAUCGUCCACGAGCCAUUCAGGUCUAUGUCUACGACACUAGUGGAAGUAUGUGCUUACGCCGGUACGGGAAACGUCCUCAAGGUACAGCACCUGCUGCACAUCUGCUCGGAACACUACGAGCCGAGCAACGAGAAAGAGGAAAAGAACGAACGCAAGGAUAAGGAUAAGAAGGAGGAGAAGAAGGAGGAGAAGGAGAAGGAUCUCAGCUCCAGGCAGGCCAUCGCCGUCCUCGGCAUCGCCCUGAUCUCCAUGGGCGAAGAGAUCGGCGCCGAGAUGGCAUAUAGAACUUUCGGACAUCUGUUGCGCUAUUGCGAGCCCGUGAUUCGCCGCUCAGUGCCGCUCGCUCUGGGUCUCAUCUCUGUGUCGAAUCCGAAACUGAACAUCUUGGACACGUUGUCCAAGUUCUCGCACGACAGCGAUUCCGAGGUGGCGCAUAACGCGAUAUUCGCCAUGGGUCUGGUCGGCGCCGGCACAAACAACGCGCGCUUGGCUGCGAUGCUGAGACAGUUGGCUCAGUUCCACGCUAAGGACCCCAAUAAUCUUUUCAUGGUGCGCAUAGCGCAAGGCUUGACGCACUUGGGCAAAGGCACGCUCACGCUUUCGCCUUAUCAUAGCGACCGGCAAUUGCUGAGUCCCGUUGCUCUCGCUGGUCUCUUGUCGACGCUUAUCGGCUUCUUAGACGUGAAGAACAUCAUCCUCGGACGCUCGCACUAUCUCUUGUAUACACUGGCCGCCGCGAUGCAGCCGAGAAUGCUGGUGACGUUUGAUGAGGAUUUAAAUCCGCUGGCAGUCCCGGUGAGAGUCGGACUUGCCGUUGAUGUGGUUGGUCAAGCAGGUAAACCGAAGACCAUCACCGGCUUCCAGACGCACACUACUCCUGUGCUAUUGGCAUACGGCGAGAGGGCGGAACUCGCCACGGAAGAGUACGUACCUCUAACGCCGAUCAUGGAGGGUUUCGUAAUAUUAAGAAAAAAUCCGGACUUCAUACCUUAGUCAUAAUAAUUUUUCUCGCCAAUGUACCUCAUGUUAAAUUACUUAUGACUUAAGACGAAAUUAAAUAAAACGUAUGUUAGUGUUCCCUUUGCA